CCUCCGCUUUCCGUCGGAGAUCCGCUGCACUGACCGUGAUCGGCUUCAUCCGGCGUCCGGCGCGGGAGAUGAACGGACGUUCUCUCCUCUACGGCAGAUCCAGGCCCGCCGGAAAUUCUCUGCGAUAAGAAGAAGAAGAAGGAAGAGGAGGAGGAAAAGAGGAAGAAAGGGAAGGGAAAGGGAGGAAGAUGUUGAAAUUGAGAGCGUUCCGGCCGACUGGCGAUAAGAUCGUCCGGAUUCAAGUGCACCCGACGCACCCUUGGAUCGCGACGGCGGAUGCAUCUGAUCACGUCGUCGUCUGGAACUGGGAGCACCGCCAGAUUAUCUAUGAGCUAAAGGCAGGAGGUGUCGAUGAGAGGCGCCUCGUCGGAGCGAAAUUGGAGAAGCUCGCAGAGGGCGAUUCCGAACUGAGAGGAAAACCCACGGAGGCCAUACGUGGCGGGAGUGUUAAACAGGUCAGCUUUUAUGAUGACGAUGUGCGGUUUUGGCAACUUUGGCGCAACCGCUCUGCUGCUGCUGAAGCUCCAACUGCAGCUAACCAGCAUUUGUCUGCUUUUACUCCCCCUGCUUCUUCAACAAGGGGUAGGCACUUCCUUGUUGUGUGCUGUGAGAAUAAGGCAAUAUUUCUUGAUCUGGUUACAAUGCGUGGUCGUGAUGUACCAAAACAAGACCUGGAUAACAAAUCGCUUCUCUGUAUGGAGUUCUUAUCAAGGUCUGCUGCUGGUGAUGGCCCCCUUGUUGCAUUUGGUGGCUCAGAUGGUGUAAUACGAGUUCUUUCAAUGAUUACAUGGAAGCUUGUUCGAAGAUAUACUGGAGGUCAUAAAGGAUCAAUUUCUUGCUUGAUGACAUUCUUUGCUUCUAGUGGAGAGGCACUUCUGGUUUCUGGUGGCAAUGAUGGUUUGCUUGUGCUCUGGAGUGCGGACAUUCAAGAUUCUCGGGAGCUUGUACCUAAACUAAGUUUGAAGGCACAUGAUGGUGGAGUUGUAGCUGUUGAAAUUUCUAGGGUACUGGGAGGUGCCCCCCAGAUGAUCACGAUUGGUGUAGACAAGACAUUGGCUAUUUGGGAUACAGUCUCAUUUAAGGAGUUACGCCGUAUAAAGCCUGUCCAGAAACUUGCUUGUCAUAGCGUGGCAUCCUGGCGGCAUCCUCGUGCUCCAAGCCUUGACAUAUUAACAUGUGUGAAGGAUUCUCAUAUUUGGUCUAUUGAGCACCCAACUUACUCCGCACUAACAAGGCCAUUGUGUGAACUGUCAUCCUUGGUUCCUCCAUAUGCACUUGCACCUAGUAAAAAGCUUAGGGUUUACUGCAUGGUUGCUCAUCCUUUACAACCACAUCUUGUUGCCACUGGUACAAAUAUUGGUGUCAUUCUCAGUGAGUUUGAUCCAAAGUCGCUUCCAGCUGCUGCUCCUUUACCAACUCCACCAGGUGGAAGAGAACAUCCUGUUGUAUAUGUUGUUGAAAAGGAACUUAAGUUGCUCAACUUUCAGCUAGCAAACCCGUCCAAUUCUUCUCUGGGGAAUACUGGCUCUAUUUCUGAAACCAGAAAGUCAAGAAUGGAUACUCUGGAGCCAAUGCCUGUUAAGCAGACAAAGAAGCAUAUUAGUACACCAGUCCCACAUGAUUCUUAUUCAAUUAUUUCUGUGAGCAGUUCUGGCAAGUAUGUCUCAAUUGUGUGGCCCGAUGUUCCUUAUUUUUCUGUAUACAAGGUUAGUGAUUGGUCUAUUGUUCACUCUGGCACCGGAAGACUGUUCGCCUGGGAUACAUGUCGUGAUAGAUAUGCUUUGCUGGAGUCCACAGUAGUCCCUAGGAUUCCGCUUGUUCCUAAAGCAGGGUCAUCUAGAAAAGCAAAAGAAGCUGCUGCAAUUGCAGCUCAAGCUGCUGCUGCUGCUGCAAAUGCAGCUUCUGCUGCCACAGUCCAAGUCCGUAUAUUAUUGGAUGAUGGUACUUCAAAUGUCCUGACAAGAUCUAUAGAUGGGCGAACUGAACCAGUUAUUGGCUUGCAUGGUGGUGCUUUACUUGGUGUUGCUUAUCGUACAUCACGGAGGACCAGUACUGGUGCAGCAACUGCAUCACCAUUAUCAGGCUAUCCAUCUUUUUCUGCUGAUGAAUUUUCUUCCAUGAAGCCUUCAAUGGCUGAACCAGUGCCUCUAAACUUUCAGCUCUAUAGUUGGGAAACCUUCCAGCCUGUCAGUGGUCUACUAUCUCAGCCAGAAUGGACUGCAUGGGAUCAAACCGUUGAGUAUUGUGCAUUCGCUUACCAGCAGUACAUUGUCAUUUCUUCACUGCGACCACAAUAUCGGUACCUGGGAGAUGUGGCAAUUCCUUCUGCAACUGGUGGUGUUUGGCAUCGCAGACAGCUUUUUGUUGUUACACCAACUACUAUUGAGUGUGUUUUUGUAGAUGCUGGUGUCACACCUCUUGACCUUGAGACGAGGAAGAGAAAAGAGGAACAGAAGAUGAGAGAAGCCCAGGCCAGAGCUGUUGCUGAGCAUGGAGAAUUGGCACUGAUCACAGUUGAGGCUCCUCAAGCUGUUGUUCAAGAAAGAAUACCUCUGAGACCUCCCAUGUUGCAGGUUGUGCGUCUCGCUUCUUUUCAGCAUGCUCCUUCUGUGCCACCGUUCUUGAGUAUGCCAAAACAAUCUAAAAUGGAUUGGGAGGAUUCAAUACUAUCAAGAGACAUAGAAGAAAGAAGGGCUAGUGAGGUGGCUGUUGGUGGAGGUGGUGUAUCAGUUGCAGUCUCUCGAUUUCCUGCCGAGCAGAAGCGUCCCAUUGGACCUCUUGUUAUAGUUGGUGUCAGGGAGGGGGUUUUAUGGCUAAUUGAUAGAUACAUGUGUGCUCACGCAAUAGCACUUAGCCAUCCUGGUAUUCUUUGCCGUUGCCUUGCUGCUUAUGGAGAUGCAGUUAGUGCUGUGAAACGGGCGAGUAGGCUAGCUCGAGAACACCAUGAUGAUUUGGCACAGUUCAUGCUUGGGAUGGGAUAUGCAACUGAAGCAUUGCACUUGCCUGGCAUAUCCAAGAGGUUAGAGUUUGAGCUGGCUAUGCAGAGCAAUGACCUGAAACGUGCACUUCAAUGCCUUCUGACGAUGAGCAAUAGCAGGGAUAUUGGGCAAGAGAAUGUUGGUACUGAUGUCACAGAAAUCCUGAGUUUAGCUGGAGCUAAACAAGAGAAUCUUGUAGAUGCUGUUCAAGGAAUAGUGAAAUUUUCUAAAGAAUUUUUGGACCUCAUUGAUGCAGCAGACGCUACUGGGCAGUCUGACGUUGCCCGAGAAGCUCUGAAAAGACUGGCUGCUGCAGGCUCUGUGAAGGGGGCUUUGCAAAGUCAGCAGCUAAGGGGAUUGGCACUGCGUCUUGCAAAUCAUGGGGAGCUGACCCGCCUAAGUGGUCUUGUGAAUAACCUGGUUAUGGCUGGCCAAGGUCGGGAAGCUGCUUUUGCAGCAGCUGUUCUUGGGGACAAUGCUUUGAUGGAGAAGGCAUGGCAAGACACAGGAAUGCUUGCAGAAGCUGUUCUUCAUGCUCAUGCCCACGGACGACCAUCGCUGAAGAAUCUUGUGCAGACUUGGAACAAGGCAUUGCAGAAGGAACGCGAGAAUAUUCCAUCAUACAAGUCAGUGCAAUCAGAUUCGGCGGCUUCAGUUCUAGGUGCUUUAGAAGAACCAGUGCUGACAAGCUUGGCAGAUGCCGGAAAGAAGCCACCUAUUGAAAUUCUCCCCCCUGGGAUGCCCUCGUUGCCAGCCUCAAUUACAAGUAAGAAACCACCUCCACAACAAAUUGCUCAACAACCGAGCAAGCCACUACUUUUGGAAGCUCCGUCUCCAGCCCCAGCUGCAGAUGCUGCACCUCCACCAGAAAAUGCUGCCCCUGCGAUGGCUGAUGAUGCUUCAACUACACCUGUUAGUGAUCCAAUUGUUACACCUAGUAGCGAUCCAGCGCCCUCACCAGUUACUGCUCUAACCCCAUCACCCGAGGUUGCAGAACAGAGCAUUUCCAUCUAGUCUCAAAAUUUUGCCACGGUUUGUGUAUAUGUUGUAUUUCAAAUUGUAUUUUUCUUGUUCAAUAAUGUAGAUGUAUUCCCCAUCCGAUGUGCCCCUUUUUUAAUUCUUGAACAGUGGUUGGUAUCUUAUUCUUCAUGCAAUUGCAUGCCUCUUUGAUUCUUGGAAAGCUGGUCUUAUUUUCUUUUGCUUUUUCCCCUCUUCAGUAAACAGAUGGACUAUUAUGCAGCUUUUUCUCGUUGGUCUUUAA